CUGUGGAUGAGACAGAUGAGACUGUUCAGUUCUCGUGAUUCUGGUUUAGUUUCAGAAUUGAGGUUAGUAAUUAUGGUCGACGAAUCUACGCGAAAAACUCUUAGCAGUAUUCCUUUGCUAAGUACGAAGGCAGGGCCGCGUGAUAAAGAAUUAUGGGUCAACAGAUUGAAGGAAGAAUAUCAAGCUUUAAUAAAGUAUGUUCAGAACAAUAAAGGUUCGGACAACGAUUGGUUCCGGUUGGAAUCUAAUAAGGAAGGAACGCGAUGGUUUGGAAAAUGUUGGUACAUGCACAAUCUUCUGAAGUACGAAUUCGACGUUGAAUUUGACAUACCAGUUACCUAUCCUACAACAGCACCAGAGAUAGCGCUGCCUGAAUUGGAUGGUAAGACAGCAAAAAUGUACAGAGGCGGCAAAAUAUGUUUGACGGAUCACUUUAAACCACUUUGGGCAAGAAAUGUUCCCAAGUUCGGUAUUGCCCACGCAAUGGCUUUAGGGCUGGGCCCCUGGCUAGCAGUAGAAAUUCCAGACCUAAUCGAGAAGGGUGUCAUAAGUUACAAGGACAGAGGAGAUGAGUAAUAUAUAAAAAGUGAACAAUUAUGAAAAAUACAUUGCAAUUCUACGUUGAUUGAUAUUUUGUAAAUACAGGUGAUCAUUUUAAAAUGCAUAUUUUUUUACCGAGUGUUAUUGACAAGCAAACAUAAACUUAUAGAGGAAAAACCUGCUUGAGCAAAUACAGCAAAUCUAUUGCAUAUAUUGUUCGUUAUUUAAGCCUCAAAAAAUAUGAGUGUAUUACCUUGUACUUUCACAGGUUGCCGAUUAGCAAAUUUUUUCAAAGACUAU